GCGGCGGGCGGCCCUGCCCUCACGGCCCGCGGGGCCUCGCGCAAGGCCCCGGGCGGGAGGCGCGGGGCUUAUGGCGGAGCGGGCCGGCGGGGAGCCCGCCUAGGCCGCGCCGCCAUCCGCCGCCAUCCGCACGCCCCAGGCUCGGCCCGGCCGAGGCGUGAAGCGACGCCACCAUGUUCCUGUACAACUUGACGCUGCAGCGCGCCACGGGCAUCAGCUAUGCCAUCCACGGCAACUUCUCAGGAACCAAGCAGCAAGAAAUCGUCGUGUCCCGGGGCAAGAUCCUGGAGCUGCUGCGCCCGGACCCCAACACGGGGAAGGUGCACACGCUGCUGACGGUGGAGGUGUUCGGGGUCAUCCGCUCGCUCAUGGCCUUCCGCCUGACGGGCGGCACCAAGGACUACAUCGUGGUGGGCAGUGACUCGGGGCGCAUCGUCAUCCUGGAGUACCAGCCCUCCAAGAACGUCUUUGAGAAGAUCCACCAGGAGACCUUCGGCAAGAGCGGCUGCCGCAGGAUCGUGCCCGGGCAGUACCUGGCCGUGGACCCAAAGGGCCGCGCGGUCAUGAUCAGCGCUAUCGAGAAGCAGAAGCUGGUGUACAUCCUGAACAGGGAUGCUGCCGCCCGCCUCACCAUCUCCUCCCCGCUGGAGGCGCACAAGGCCAAUACCUUGGUCUACCACGUGGUGGGAGUCGACGUGGGGUUUGAGAACCCGAUGUUUGCCUGCCUGGAGAUGGAUUACGAGGAAGCAGACAACGAUCCCACGGGAGAGGCAGCAGCCAACACGCAGCAGACGUUGACGUUCUAUGAGCUGGACCUGGGUUUGAACCACGUUGUUAGGAAGUACAGCGAGCCCCUGGAAGAGCACGGCAACUUCCUAAUAACAGUUCCUGGUGGUUCUGACGGCCCCAGCGGGGUGCUGAUCUGUUCAGAGAACUACAUCACGUACAAAAACUUCGGUGACCAGCCUGACAUCAGAUGCCCGAUUCCCAGGAGACGGAACGACUUGGAUGACCCGGAGAGGGGUAUGAUUUUUGUCUGCUCCGCCACGCACAAGACCAAGUCCAUGUUCUUCUUCCUGGCCCAGACAGAGCAGGGAGACAUCUUCAAAAUCACUCUGGAGACCGAUGAAGACAUGGUGACAGAGAUUCGACUGAAGUACUUCGACACCGUUCCUGUAGCUGCUGCCAUGUGCGUGCUGAAGACAGGCUUUCUCUUCGUGGCUUCUGAAUUUGGAAACCACUACCUGUACCAGAUAGCUCACCUGGGUGACGACGACGAGGAGCCCGAGUUCUCUUCUGCCAUGCCCCUUGAGGAAGGAGAUACGUUCUUCUUCCAGCCACGACCCCUCAAGAACCUGGUGCUGGUGGAUGAGUUGGACAGUUUGUCGCCUAUUCUGUGUUGUCAGAUCGCCGAUCUGGCCAACGAGGACACCCCCCAGCUGUACGUGGCCUGUGGCCGGGGGCCCCGCUCGUCUCUGAGGGUUCUGAGGCAUGGGCUUGAGGUGUCCGAAAUGGCCGUCUCGGAGCUGCCCGGUAACCCCAACGCUGUGUGGACCGUGAGGAGGCACGUUGAAGAUGAAUUUGACGCCUAUAUCAUCGUGUCCUUCGUAAAUGCCACGCUGGUGCUGUCCAUCGGAGAGACCGUAGAAGAAGUGACUGACUCGGGCUUCCUGGGUACAACGCCCACCUUGUCCUGCUCCCUGCUGGGGGACGAUGCUUUGGUGCAGGUGUACCCGGAUGGCAUCCGGCACAUCCGAGCAGAUAAAAGGGUGAACGAAUGGAAGACGCCCGGGAAGAAAACCAUCGUCAAGUGCGCUGUGAACCAGAGACAGGUGGUGAUAGCGCUGACCGGAGGAGAGCUGGUGUACUUCGAGAUGGACCCGUCAGGACAGCUGAACGAGUACACAGAGCGGAAGGAGAUGUCGGCCGAUGUGGUGUGCAUGAGCUUGGCCAACGUUCCGCCCGGCGAGCAGCGCUCCCGCUUCCUCGCCGUCGGGCUGGUGGACAACACCGUCAGGAUCAUUUCCCUCGACCCUUCGGACUGCUUGCAGCCGCUGAGCAUGCAGGCCCUCCCUGCGCAGCCCGAGUCGCUGUGCAUCGUGGAGAUGGGCGGCACGGAGAAGCAGGACGAGCUGGGCGAGCGGGGCUCCAUCGGCUUCCUGUACCUCAACAUCGGCCUGCAGAACGGUGUGCUGCUGCGGACUGUGCUGGACCCCGUGACGGGUGAUCUCUCCGAUACCAGGACCAGGUACCUGGGCUCACGGCCUGUGAAGCUCUUCCGGGUGCGGAUGCAGGGCCAGGAGGCGGUGCUGGCCAUGUCGAGCCGCUCCUGGCUCAGCUACUCCUAUCAGUCCCGUUUCCACCUGACUCCCCUGUCCUACGAGACCCUGGAGUUCGCCUCCGGUUUUGCCUCUGAGCAGUGCCCCGAGGGCAUUGUGGCCAUCUCCACAAACACGCUGAGGAUUUUGGCGCUGGAGAAGCUGGGGGCAGUCUUCAACCAGGUCGCCUUCCCCUUGCAGUACACACCCCGCAAAUUCGUCAUUCACCCCGAGAGCAACAACCUGAUCAUCAUCGAGACGGACCACAACGCGUACACCGAGGCCACCAAGGCGCAGAGGAAGCAGCAGAUGGCCGAGGAAAUGGUGGAGGCUGCGGGCGAAGACGAGCGGGAGCUGGCCGCGGAGAUGGCCGCAGCCUUCCUGAACGAGAACCUGCCGGAGUCCAUCUUCGGCGCCCCCAAGGCAGGGAACGGGCAGUGGGCCUCCGUUAUCAGGGUGAUGAACCCCAUCCAGGGAAACACCUUGGAUCUGGUCCAGCUAGAGCAGAACGAAGCCGCCUUCAGCGUGGCCGUGUGCCGCUUCUCCAACACGGGCGAGGACUGGUACGUGCUGGUGGGGGUGGCCAAGGACCUGAUCCUGAACCCGCGCUCGGUUGCUGGGGGAUUCGUCUACACGUACAAGCUGGUGAACAGCGGCGAGAAGCUGGAGUUCCUGCACAAGACCCCCGUGGAGGAGGUUCCUGCAGCCAUCGCUCCCUUCCAAGGACGAGUCCUGAUCGGGGUCGGGAAGCUGCUGCGUGUGUACGACCUGGGCAAGAAAAAGCUGCUUCGGAAGUGUGAGAACAAGCACAUCGCCAACUACAUCUGCGGGAUCCAGACCAUCGGGCACAGAGUGAUCGUGUCGGACGUCCAGGAGAGCUUCAUCUGGGUGCGCUACAAGAGGAACGAGAACCAGCUCAUCAUCUUCGCCGACGACACCUACCCGCGGUGGGUCACCACGGCCACCCUCCUGGAUUACGACACCGUGGCCGGAGCCGACAAAUUCGGCAACAUCUGCGUGGUGAGGCUGCCUCCCAACACCAACGACGAGGUAGACGAGGACCCCACAGGCAACAAAGCUCUCUGGGACCGCGGGCUCCUGAACGGGGCGUCGCAGAAGGCCGAAGUGAUCAUGAACUACCACGUGGGAGAGACGGUGCUCUCGCUGCAGAAGACCACGCUGAUCCCCGGCGGCUCCGAAUCUCUCGUCUACACCACCUUGUCAGGGGGGAUAGGGAUCUUGGUCCCCUUCACUUCCCACGAGGACCACGACUUCUUCCAGCACGUGGAGAUGCACUUGAGGUCGGAGCACCCCCCUCUCUGCGGGCGGGACCACCUCAGUUUCCGCUCCUACUACUUCCCGGUGAAGAACGUGAUCGACGGGGACCUGUGCGAGCAGUUCAACUCGAUGGAGCCCAACAAGCAGAAGAACGUGGCUGAGGAGCUGGACCGGACGCCCCCCGAGGUGUCCAAGAAGCUGGAGGACAUCCGCACGCGCUACGCCUUCUGAGCCGGAGCGGGGCUCGCUGCGUUCCGGGGGCGCUCCCCCGAGCACGCGGGGAGGGAGGAACGUGUGCGGGGUGGUCUUGAUUUUGGUUUUCUUUUUGAACAGUGGUUCGUUCCCCUCGGUUUCUGUUCCAAAGUAACAAGAUCCCACUGACUAUCAGCCAUGAGGUCUCCCCGUGCACCCCACUGCUCCUGCCAGGGCUCGCGGUGUCCUGGCUGCCCGCCA